AGUAAAUCCAGACUUUGUUGCUGCUUCUCAGAGACCUUUGCAUCUGGGCAACCCAAGGGAUUAUCCCUAGUGUGGCAAGUACUGAAUGUGGAAGGGCCAGUGGUUCAGUCUCCCACUAUCCCUUUCCAAAAAUGAAGCAAUUAACCGAAUGCUGCAUGAUUAGGUAUUUUCCUUUGAUAGGCUGACCAUGAUUUCUUUAAGAUCUGUUUCAAGAUUAUAGCAUAAAGAAGUUUAAGUGACCGCUCUAUUUGAUCAACAUGGUGGACACUGAAAACCAGCUCUAUCCCCUUACUCCUUUGGAGGAGGAUGAUAUAGGCAGCCCUUUAUCUGGAGAGUUCCUACAAGAUAUGGAGAACAUUCAAGACCUCUCUCAGUCUUUAGGUGAUGAUAGCUCUGGAGCUUUAAGUUUAACAGAGUUCCAGUCACUGGGAAAUGGUCCAGGAUCUGAUGGAUCAGUCAUAACAGACACCCUUUCACCAGCAUCCAGUCCUUCAUCCAUUAAUUUUGCCACAGCUCCAGGUAGCAUAGAUGAAUCACCCAGUGGAGCAUUAAACAUUGAAUGUAGAAUUUGUGGGGAUAAAGCCUCAGGCUACCAUUACGGAGUACAUGCUUGUGAAGGUUGUAAGGGUUUUUUUAGAAGAACAAUUCGUUUAAAACUCAUCUAUGAUAAAUGUGAUCGCAACUGCAAAAUUCAGAAAAAAAAUCGUAAUAAGUGCCAAUACUGUCGUUUUCAAAAGUGCCUUUCAGUUGGAAUGUCACAUAAUGCAAUACGUUUUGGACGAAUGCCAAGGUCUGAGAAGGCCAAGUUGAAGGCAGAAAUUCUAACAGGUGAAAAUUAUGUAGAAGAUUCAGAAAUGGCAGAUCUUAAAUCACUUGCCAAAAGAAUUCAUGAUGCUUACCUGAAAAACUUCAAUAUGAACAAGGUUAAAGCCAGAAUCAUCCUUGCAGGGAAAACUAGUAACAAUCCUCCAUUUGUAAUACAUGAUAUGGAUACCUUGUGUAUGGCAGAGAAGACCUUGGUGGCAAAAUUGGUGGCCAAUGGAAUUCAGAACAAGGAAGCAGAGGUUCGAAUCUUCCACUGCUGCCAGUGUACGUCUGUAGAGACAGUCACUGAACUUACUGAAUUUGCCAAAUCUAUACCUGGCUUCUCCAAUCUCGACUUGAAUGAUCAAGUGACACUGUUAAAAUACGGAGUUUAUGAAGCCAUAUUUGCCAUGUUAGCAUCUGUGAUGAACAAGGAUGGGAUGCUAGUCGCCUAUGGAAACGGUUUUAUAACCCGGGAGUUCCUGAAAAGCCUGAGAAAGCCAUUCUGUGAUAUAAUGGAGCCAAAAUUUGAUUUUGCAAUGAAAUUCAAUGCACUGGAAUUGGAUGAUAGUGAUAUAUCCCUUUUUGUUGCUGCCAUCAUUUGCUGUGGAGAUCGCCCUGGUCUUGUGAAUGUAGGACACAUUGAAAAAAUGCAGGAGAGCAUCGUGCAUGUACUGAAACUUCACUUGCAAACCAACCAUCCUGAUGACACCUUCCUCUUCCCGAAACUCCUCCAAAAAAUGGCUGACCUCCGACAACUAGUCACAGAGCAUGCUCAGCUUGUUCAGAUAAUUAAGAAGACUGAAUCUGAUGCACAUUUACACCCUUUACUACAGGAAAUCUACAGGGAUAUGUACUAAGGAUUUUUAGUAAUUUUUUCCACAAUAUUUGAAGACGAGCAAUACUAAUAACGGAUGGGAGCAAAACUACUUGCACAGUUAUCUGCUGUUCACUCAGCCCAGAAAAAUCUAAUGCUGGGUAGCUGGAGUGUUACACUUCUUUUGGUUUGGGAUCUUCUGUCUUUUUUUGAAAGAUUUCUGCAGAAAAGUACUGAUCAUAGUGCUCGUGAAGUGUCUUACAAUGGUUCUUUUACUUGGAAAUUUUAAGAUUGGUAAGGAAUACAUAUUUGUAUAAUAAAUCAGAAUGUUAAGUAACAGAAAUGAACAAAAUUGUAUUUCCUCUUGGCUUAGUCAUUUUAGAAUUACUAUAACAAAUCCCACAAAUUCUCUGCAGGUAUAUGCAUAAUCAUAAAGGUUAUGCACUUCUGGCUAAUGGUAAUUACUGAGAACCAACUAACACUUUUCCUUACAGCAGUCAGUCUAGGUAUAUGAAAUGCUUGGAUAUUACUGUACAUACACAUCUAAAAAAUUUGAAAGACCUUUGAUCCACUGCUGCUUUAAUUCCAUGAAAUGCAGUACAGCUUCAUAUAGUAUUACAUUGGUAUAAUUUAGGAUUAGCCUAGGUGUAUCCUGGUAAGGUUACACCUUAGGACUAGCAUGUUUAAAAGAUGGUUCUUUUAUGAAACGGAUUAAAGUCCAAACAGUUAUCUAAAAUACAGUAGAGAUGUUCCAUUCAGGUGUUUCUUGGAGAGUAAAUGUGAUAAAGCAAUGGAACCCUUUUUUCAAGUGUUUUAAGGAAGUAUGAAAGUGUCCCUGAGUAAAAAUGAUGUCAUACCAUGUGUAUUUUUGAGAACUUGUAAUAGCUCAAGCAAUUUUGGCUUAAAAAUGCUAUCUUGUCUUAGCAAGAGUUUUGGAGAGACUGAAAACUCUGACCCUAGCCCAGAGAAAAGAAUUUCAACUGCACAGCAUUCUAGUGCCGUGAUAGCUGAUUCUGAAGAUUUGAUUGUAUAGAAAAGGCACCUUCUUUCUUGACAAGUAUCUUGGCAGUACAGAAUUGUUUGGAUCUGUUUACUUUUGUGAUGAAUAUGGUGUUUCAUUCUUUCCAAUUGUCUACUCACCUGUAUUUCUUUCUGUUCUGUCUUAGGCCUUGUCAAUAGAAGUAUUAGCUAGAUUACUUCACCAAAUUUUGUCCUUGUCCAUACAGCCGCAGUGGAUAAGGGGACAAUAUUACCAAGAACAGCAUUUGUAGGUAUCGUUUGUGCAAUAUUGUGAAAGAGAGCACAGUUGAGAGUAAGUUUAUCACUGAGAGCAAACUCUGAUUUUACGAUAGUACGUACUGCUAAUGCAAAAUAAGCCGUAAGGAAAGUGCUUGACUUUGCCAUUUUACAGGAUCUUUUAUCAGAAAGUACUGCACAAAAGUGCUAGCUGCAUGCAAGACACUGUGCUAUUUCUUUUUCUAUUUUAAUAUGGUGACUUCACAUUUUUUUCUUAUUUUAGUGUUUGUUUCAUAACACAAAGACCUCAGGAGCCAAUCUUAGCAUUUUCACAAUAGUUAAGCUUUCAGUGGCAGUGGCACAGGAGAACACUUUGUACUUGUUUCAUUGUAGCACAUUUGAAGAGUUCAGAAUCAUACACCUUUACUAGACGAAUUAAGUAAGAUCAUUGAAGUGAGGACAUCACACUAUGAUUCUCAUUUUAGUCACUCGUUUCUUUACAGGCCUGCUGGCAUGGCUAGACACUGGAUAAAUUACAGGUUUAAAAGCAACUUGUCAUUUAUCCAGGCAAUGGUCAUUAGCAGAGGUUUUGGUGUCAGAUAUAUUUAGUAUAAAAUAUUGAAGCAUAGGCAUCAAAUUUGGUGACCAUUGAGGUCAGGAUAGAAGCAAUGAAACACAUGCACAAAAGUUUCUCCCCUUUCCUGCUGCCAGUGAGCAACAGGAAGAAAUAGGCCUUACAUUACAGCUACUUCUAACACUUCAUUAAGAGAAGAUAGUUGGUCUUACUAGGAAACAGCAGAUGAGAAAUGGGUUGUCUUUUGUGGUUUACAGCAGUACAAGGUACGCCCUCAGAAAUAACAUGAGGAUUUUAGCAGUGAUGCUGCUUUGUUCUUCCAGUCAGCUAUGUUUCACUAGAGGACUGCGGGGUUUAAGUGCAAGACAUUCAGCAUUGAAAUAACUGAUCUGCAACAUUGCUUACUCAA